AUGUCCCUCUCCACCCCCAACACCGCAAAGAAGUACGUCUUCGGCAUCCCCCUCUACAACUUCCAAGUCCUCGACGUCGUCGGCCCGAUGGACCUCAUCCAUUCCUCCUCAAAACAGCUUUUCGCGGAGAUGGAAUCCGACGGUUACAUGCCCGCCGGCCUCGCCGCUCACGCCAUCGACGUCGAGUUCAUCUUCCUCGCGCCAACGCUCGACCCGGUGAAACUGCACUCGGGGAUGAUCAUCGUCCCCACUGCCACUUUCUCUACCUGUCCGCCCCUAACAUGUCUCCUUCUCGGAGGUCCGGGGCCGCAGUUCUUCAAUAAUAUCCCGGAGUCGUAUGUCUCGUUCCUCCAGGAGAGGGUAAAGGAGGUAGAGUUCCUGUUCACGACAUGCACGGGUGCUAUUGUGGCAAGUAAGGCGGGACUGUUGGAUGGAGUCAAGGCGACGACGAAUUGGGAGUUCCUUGACGUGGCGAAGAAGGAGUGUCCUACCACGGAGUGGAAGAAAGAGAGAUGGGUUGUGGAUGGCAAGGUUUGGACAUCUGGGGGUGCGUUUGCGGGAGUUGAUAUGUUCGAACAGUGGCUGCUAGAGGGCAGGAGAGGGGAGACUUUGAAGGGGUUGGCGAGGAGGGGGUUGGAUUAUUUGCCCAGGGGUCUGGAUGGGGAGUUUAUUAGGGAUUAG